AUGUCGAAGUCAGAGGAGUUGCUGGAAGAUGGAGGCCGACCUGAGCUCACGCUGCAGCAGUACGUGAAAGCUCUGAGAGAGGAACUGAGGCAGCAGCUGCAGGAGACGGAGAGGAGACAAGAAGAAGAGCUGCAGAGGAGAAUUCAUCAGAACGCCCUCCUGUCAACAGAGAGGCCUCCUCCAGCCCUGGCUUCCUCGACCAGCCGCGAGCGCUGCCCUGUCAGGACUCAGCCUCGCGAGCGCUGCGCUUCAUGCAAAACAACCCAGGAGAUCCGAGAGGAGGAGGCCACGGCGGAGUGUCAGAAGAAGUUCUGCGCCCUCCCCGUCCCCGGCCACGUCGGCCGGCCCGUCUACCGGGAGAUGAUGGAGCUGAGAGAGAGGGAGAGGAAGCAGCGCAACCAGGAGAGGAGGCUCUUCUUGCUCUCCACGCUAAAGCCUUUCGGCUUCCAGGAGAGAGAGAAGGAGAAGAGAGAGAAGCUGCUGGCAGCGUCAGAACAAGUCGCAGAGGAGCAGAAAAACAGUGUCACACCUGCGAGGAAGCCUCCUUCCAGAGACAUGAAACAUUCCCCAGACGCCGAACCAGAAGAGCGUCAGGCAGUGAUCAGGAAAGUCCACACUCAGACCGCCGCAGUGCGACAGGAGACCCCCACUCGAAGCGGCAGCCCUAAACUCCGCACCGCCGAGCGCACCAGGAGGGAACGGCUGGGCUUCCUGGACCAGACGCUCAGCUUCCAGCCGAAGAUCAUCCGGGAGGUGCCCGACUUCAGCAGGCUGCACAAGGCCCUGCAGAAAGAGGCGCCGCAGAAAACAGCAAGUAAGGACGGGAUAAAGUGUCAACCCUUCAACCUGAGGACGGCAGAGCUCCCUGCAAGGAAGAGCAGGCUGAGUCUGGAAACCUCCCAGGUACCAAAAAUAAGUAAUCUGAGUAGGAGCAAGUCUCUCGGCGCCCUAACGUCCAUCUCCGCAGCCACUCUCCCCACGUACAUUACAGACGCAGUGAGGAAGCGCAGCGAAGUGAUCAGGCGAUCAGUGGAGAUGAGAGAGAGCAGGAACCAGGAGAGCGAGCGCUGGCUGAAGAGCUACCAGCUGAGAUCCGAAGCCAUGAGGAAGACGGUCGCCCGCCACGCCAAGCUGCUGGAUCCUCACAGCAGCUUGAAAGAAGUGUAUAAUGAGAAGCUGCAGCGCCAUCGGGCGGCCGAUCAACAAAGGAUGAGAGAGUACGCCAGAGAGCUAGGGCUCAUGAGGGCCCGGGUGAGAGAACGCCCUUAUUUGUUUGAACAGGUGAAACAAAAAACUGCGAGGGCUCAAGCAGAGCAGAUCUUCAGGAACACGCUCCAGAAAGCCAGCCUGAAGGAGGAAUUCGUCGAAGAAACGGCUGAAGCACACAGCUGUGAAGACGAUACGGACACCUCAGACAGCGGCGCUCCUCACAGGGAAGAAAAUGUAGACGACGGGGAGAAAAUUGAAGAUGUGGAAGAGAAGAGCGUGAAGUCCAAAGGGGAAGAAAUGCCAUGAUCAAAAAGGCCGAGGCGGCGCGGAGUUUCUCUUGCGGCCUCCCCACUAGAAAACAAACGCCGUCCUCGAAAAUGAUUCAUGUCACGGCGAAACAGUCCGCUCCAGACGUUUGAUAUGUUUUAAAUGUACAGUUAUGGAUUAUGACAUUUCUAAACAUCUGGAGUUUACGGUCUCAAAACGAGGCCACGGCUGGAAAGAAUGAGACGUUUCUAGAACUGCACAUGUUUAUGGAUAAUUAAUAUUUUAUAUGUAACACACACACACUUGUUUGUAUAUUCUAUAUCUAUAUAUAUAUUCUGUGUAAAGAAUAUAAAGAGCUUUUUGCUUUUACGACAGCUUUCUUGCCAAGGAAAAUGAGGACUGUAAUUUGGCGGAUGAUGAACACGUGGUUACCAGAAUAAACAGUUCAAAAACUCAAUGAGAACGCCAGCUCGGAGCGCCGCGUCCGUCGCAUUAAUUCUACAGCGUGUAAAUCAACAAGCGUCUGACGGCCCAUGUCAAGAGGGCAUCACUUAUUUUGUGAUAUAUACUAAGAAGCAGUGUGUAAAGUUUAAAUACCUGUCCUCAGCUGUGUUAUGUGCUUUUAAUUGAAAAGGUCCUUUGAGAACACCGAGUGUCUGACAUGGGCCUUUUCUUAGAAGGUUGGCUCAAGGUUCCCAGUUAUUUCUACAGCCGCACUGCCACCUAAAUAAACAGCCUUGCCGGUGGAUCUGUAGUCGCACGGGCCAGUUAAGCGGUCUGCUCCAGGCCUACACAUCCACAUCAAAUGCGCUCCACUCUGGCCUCCCAUGCACUCUGCUGCCUCCACAUCUGACUUCCAGGAAUUUAAGAGGUCGUUUUUACAUACAAACCGUAUAGGAGCGUCUUAAAACGUGAACAAACACAAUAAAG